GUGAAUGAUGUCAAACCAACAGCCACGAGAGCACUUACAAUUUUAACCUCUGAGUCCUUGGUAUCCAUCUGCUCGUGUGAUACGCCAAGAAGACUAACAUGUAGAGAAACAUGGAUGUCACAGGUUGAGGCAGACUCGCACUGUAACACCACUACCUGCUGUGUCCAAACGUGUGCCGGAGGAGGGAUUAUAUUUCACACAGCUCAUGCACAAAGAGUUCAGCUUUAUUCCGUUUCCCUCUGUAGCUCAUAAAUUAGAACAGAAUCAGGGAUGUAAUGUGUUCACAGUGUGAUUCAAGGAUGAUGCUUCCUACAGAGAGGCUUUUGUUUUGACAGGAACAGGAAAGUUUCCUCAUUUUAUGGGUGAAAAGUCCUGUUCCGCCCUCCGCUGUUUCUGACUGAAAUAGAUGCAGCAGCCAACAACAUCUCUCCCAGUUAAAUCUGUUCAUUUCUGACAUUCAUUAGUCUUGACCAGUCAAAUAAGUAUCCAGGAUGUCUGUCGACUACAAUGGGACCUGGGACUUUGUCAGCAGUGUCAAUUUUGAGGGUUACAUGGUUGCACUUGGCAUUGAUUUUGCAACACGCAAGAUUGCCUCUUUGUUGAAGACUCAAAAAGUGAUUAAGCAAGAUGGAGACAGUUUCACAAUUAAAACAGUCUCUACUUUCAAAAACUAUGAGUGCUCUUUCAAAAUUGGAGAGGAGUUCAUGGAGAAAGGACUGGACGGCCGGACAUUUCAGACUGUGGUGAAUUGGGAAAACGAUAAACUGGUGUGUGUUCAGAGAGGAGGAAAGAAAAACAGAGGGUGGACUCAUUGGAUUCAAGGAGAUGAGCUUCAUUUGGAGCUCUCAUGUGAGGAUCAAGUCUGCAAGCAAAUUUAUAAAAGGACUGGGUGAUUUUCUGUGGGGUUAAUUUGUUCAUACCUGUCAAAAAAAAAGCAAAAAUU